UGCAUCUAGGACCUAAUUUGUGGGCAACUAUAGAUUUGCAAAAGUUUGUGAAUGGUACAAUAGAGGAGAUCCUUCACACUCCAACAUCAAACUCAUUGCAGGUUUGUCUUGUUAAGAAUGGGACAACUACACCCUUGAUCUCAGCCUUGGAAUUACGGCCAUUGGGAAAUAAUUCUUCUUAUAAGACAGAGUCGGGUUCUCUAAAUCUUCUUGUUCGGAUGUAUCUCAACAAGACAGAUGGCUUUCUACGGUAUCCGGACGAUAUUUAUGAUCGCAGAUGGCAUAAUUAUUUUUUAACGGGGUGGGCCCAAAUUUUCACCUCUCUUGAAGUGAGCAAUGACAACAGUAAUUAUAAUCCACCAAAAAAGGCUUUUGUAACGGCUGCCACACCUUCCAAUGCUAGCGCGCCAUUGACAAUCAGCUGGACACCUGAUAGUCCUGCUGACCAAUAUUACUUGUACAGCCACUUCGCUGAGAUACAAGAUUUGCAGAGUAACGGUACCAGGGAAUUUGACAUAUUAUGGGAUGGAGUUGUUGUUACCGAAGCUUUCAUCCCUGCAAAGUUAGUGACAGAUACUAUUUAUAAUACUUCUCCAGAGACGUGCAAAGAAGGAAAAUGCAGUUACCAGCUAAUAAAAACGUCAAGAUCUACUCUGCCUCCUCUACUUAACGCUCUUGAGAUCUACACAGUUAUCCAAUUUACACAAUCGGAAACAAAUGAAAAUGACGUGGUUGCUGUUAAAAAUAUCAAAGCUGCCUAUGGAUUGACUAGAAUCAAGUGGCAAGGAGAUCCGUGCGUUCCUCAAAAGUAUGUGUGGGACGGGUUGAACUGUAGCAACACAGAUAUCUCUAUACCUCCAAGAAUAACUUCCUUGUAA